GGUAAUAUGAAUUAGCUUAGUCUCAAGGUUGACUGCCGUUAUCUUUCACCGGCAGAGCGAAUCAGGUUGUAUUCCGUAUACUAGCUCCCUCAAGGGAAUUUAUUGUGAAAAAUAUUGGAUUUGUACUGUUAACUGGACAUCUAUUUCUCACAAAUGGCGUCUAGGGAACCUGUGGCACCAUCUGCGGCGUAUGUACAGUGUACUUCGCAGAAUGCACCUGCAAACGACUCCGGGGUUUCCUCUUCAGAUUCUAACAGUGAACAUGCGCUUCGUAUAUAUGGUGCUCCCCAUACAGAAGCCCACCCUCCACCAACUCAGUUACUCAAAAUGAAUUCUCUUGCUGGAUCAGCGAUGUCCCGCAAAGAAAAGCACCACUCAUCAACGCGGUUCAAUGUGGGGAAGAACAAAGAGUUAACACAAUUGCCUCCCUUAAAGGGCUUCAUUGUGCAGCAGCUGCGAACAGCUGAACCACCACCACACCAAAUCAAGCUAGUGAUGCCCAAUGUACUUGGGCCCGGUCUCCUGUAGCCACACCACUACCCUGGGGGAUGCAUCUCUGGGGUCGUGUGCAAUCUGGCGGUGCUCCGCUUGCUGCUCGCUGCAGCAAUUAGUGGUGUUGAGUUUCUGGCAGCGGGGAGCAACACUGCGUUCAGUUCCAUUUGAAGCAGCCAGAGUUACUUUUGGCAAUCCGGCUAAUACAGCACGGAGACGGACCCUGAUGCUGAGACACCGGAGAAGCGGGAAGAACUGUUCAUCCAAAAGCUGGGUCAGUGCUCCGUGGUUUUCGAUUUUGUGCCAGACAUACUCUCCGAUUUGAAAGACAAAGAGGUAAAGCGGGACGCGCUACAUGAACUGACUGAGUACCUAGUGGACCAUGGGGGCAUUAUAACUGAUGCGAUGUACCCAGAAGUUGUGUCCAUGGUUGAGGCGAAUUUGUUCCGCACUUUGCCACCCCCGAGCAACCCAUCCGGAGCGGAAUUCGAUCCAGAAGAGGAUGAACCCACGCUGGAGGCUGCAUGGCCUCAUCUACAGCUGGUAUACGACUUCCUUCUCCGGUUCAUUGAAUCUUCGUCUUUCCAACCCAAUGUGGCCAAACGAUAUUUUGAUACGAAGUUUGUGUUACAACUCUUGGAGCUGUUUGAUAGUGAGGAUCCCAGAGAGCGUGAUAUGGUCAAGACGAUACUUCAUCGUGUGUAUGGCAAAUUCCUUGGGCUCCGUGCCUUCAUUCGAAAGCAGUUUAGCAAUAUUUUCUACAAGUUUAUUUACGAAACCGAAUGUCACAAUGGUAUUGCGGAAUUGUUAGAAAUUCUCGGCAGCAUCAUCAACGGUUUCGCCUUGCCAUUGAAAGAAGAGCACAAAUUGUUCCUCGUUCGAGUGCUACUCCCCCUGCACAAGGUCAAAUCAGUGAGCAUGUAUCAUGCUCAGUUGGCCUACUGCGUGAUCCAGUUUCUCGAAAAAGAUUCCACUUUGACACAGCCAGUAAUCCUCGGUUUGCUCAAAUUUUGGCCCAAGACUCACAGUCCAAAGGAGGUCAUGUUUUUGAACGAAUUAGAGGAAAUCCUGGACGUUGUUGAUCCGACGGAAUUCCGCAAGGUCAUCAAACCCCUCUUCACUCAGUUGGCCAAAUGUGUUUCUUCUCCACACUUUCAAGUCGCCGAACGCGCUCUCUAUUUUUGGAGUAAUGAUUACAUCCUUCAGUUAAUGCAAGAUCACGUGGAGGAAAUCUUGCCCAUCAUGUUUCCUGCUCUUUUUCGGACAAAGCAGCAUUGGAACAAAACCAUCCAUGGCCUCAUAUACAACGCGUUGAAACUGUUCAUGGGAAUGAAUCAGAAGCUUUUCGAUAGCUGUACGCAAAGAUACAAAGAGGAAAGACAAAAACAUCGAGAAGAGGAAAGACGCCGUGAGCGCAUUUGGGCCUCCUUGCAUCGAACUGCCCGGGAAAAUCCUCUCUACCCGGUCGUGAUGGGCCGCCUUGCCCAAUCGGACUCCGGCGUUAUUGAACCCGACCACGCAGAAGCGAACCUGGGCGCUGGUGUUGUCAGCGGCCCAAGCCGUACAGGCGCCAUGGGGGAUUACAAUUCGGUUGCACCAGACGCAGUCGCACUGGCCACAAAUUCCACAGGCGAUGCGGACGAAGAUGUGACCAGUUCCCUGCGCGACCUCCAGCUGGAAACUGAAAAUGAUCCCAAUCUCAUGGGAUUGAUCACCGAACGCCGGCGUGAACAACCCCCCAUGGUAUGCCGCAAAUCCGAAGUUCUACCCAACCAGUCUACAGUACGGGCAUUAGAGCAGCACAAGCGUGUCGAUCUCUAUCUGAGGACACAACCAGAUAGCUAAAUCCCGACUCCCACCCAUGCCAAUUCACCCAGGCACAACGGGUUCGUGGUGUACCACCGCGUCUCCCAUUCCAGCCUUGCGAAUACCAAUCCACUCUAGUUCUGUUUUUCCCCAUAUCACAUCAGACAACCCACACCGCGGAUUCGGAAGACCACCUCGGUGACAGAGUGAUACAACCUGGUCACUUCUCGUUAACCGUUCCGCGCGCUCACCACGCUUGUAGUCAGAACUUGUAAUUUUGAAACAAGACAAUCACCUCCCGUUUGUCUUGUUCGUCCUCCUCAUUCUCUUUUUGCGCUUUAAUUGUACCUGCUAUUCCCCCCCCCCUCGUCACCCGCCUGACAUUUGCUCUCGUCUGCGCAACCGGUGGCCAAUUGAAUUGAGUUGUCUUCACUGCAACUACACACCCAGAUAUGAUGGGUUUUGUGAUUCCGCUCCUCUCUUUGCGUUUUACUUUAUCUCCCAUCUCUUCUCCUCCAUAUAGAACGUGUGUGUAUGUAUGUAUGUGUUUGUCCACUGAUUCGCACUCUAUUCCAGAAGCUGCAUUUCAGUUGGCAUGGCCUGUUGCCUUCUCUCUUUUCACCUUUCCCUGUGUAUUUGUUUCCGUUGCUUUUCUCACCCACAUCCCCUUCCUUGCUACUGUAUUCUUCGCACAUUCGCCAUCCUCAGGAUUCACUCAGGCAUGAUUUUAUUUGCUUGUGCGUGUGUGUUUUGGAGUGGGAGAGUGCAUUUCGGCCACCUCUGCGUUUUUCCGCACCUUUUGCGUGCUCCUCUUGCGCCAUAGUACUGUCGCUCGAACUACGUUCGCUUCUUUCCGCUCUCGUCCCAUUUCCAUCACUUGAGCUCACUGUUGAUACACACACACACACACGCACGUUCACCGUCGAUGUAUUGUUCCAAGAUUCACUCGAUUCUACACGACAUGUUUUUCUCCGCUCCCGCCCCCUGUUCCCUUUGGAAUGCGCUUGUCUUUUGGGCCUUUCUGUAUUUGUAUAAGGUUGACUUGAGUUUGCACAAGGUCUUUGAUGUUGAUC